GGCAUGCCGGGAGCCCCGCCCCCAACAUGGCGUCUCACUGACAGUUGGCUGCCGAGCGGCAGAGGCGGAUCCUGCUCUUGAGGGCGGCGGCGGCUGCGGCGGCGGGGCCGGGGUCUCCCGGGCUGAGGUCUGGGGGAUGGCGGCUCGGACCGCCUAGGGCGGAGCUGCACGGGCGAGGCGGCGAGCGGGGCGCCGCUGGCGGGCGCGGAGGCCGCUGCCAUGGACUGGUGAUCGCGGCAGCUCCUGCUCUGUCUUCCCGGGCCGAGCGUCUGCUCAUCAGCGCCAGGACCUCAGCUGGGGCCAUGGGCUCCUCGGCGGCCGCGGCGGCGGCGGCGGCAGCGGCGGCCGCGGACUCGGCGCAGUGGCUCUCGGUGAAGGAGGAGACCAUAUUCCUGCACGACGGGCUGAUCCGGGUCACCGACCUGGCGGAGCUGCCCAGCGAGAUCCUCGGGGCCCCGGAGGCCGCCGACACCGACCUGGAGAUUUUAACCUUUGAGACCAAGAACCCGGCGGAAUUAGCAGAACGUUUGCGCUCCGUUUGUGGGAAUCAGAGCAAUGCCUAUGCCCGCCUGCUGGAAUACCGCCUGAAUGCCUUGCGAGGACUGUGGAAUGCCCAGCGCCAGCUAGCCUUGGAAGAACAGCAUGAAAGGGAAAGUUCAGGUGAUGAGGAAACUUUGGCCCUGCUCAAACGCCAGGGCUUAUUGCAGCAACCUGAGCAAGCACCUUUUACAUCAAGGAUGGGGCUCCUGCUGGUCUUCCCCCUUAUUCAGUCCCAGAGUAGAACAGACCCCUCUCUCUGUAACAUAACUGCUGAGGUGCUAUUGAACUGCCUUCGUGACUGCCAGCCUUUGAGCUUGACCAAGGAGCCUGCUGACUGUCUCAAUGGAAUUGAAACUUUGCUGUGCUCUUGGCUAGAGGAGACUUCUGACACAGGCCGACACAUCCCACAUAAGCAAAAAGAAAAUGCUGCUGCUGCCCUGGUGGCUUUGGCUUGUGCCAGGGGAUCAUUGAAAACUUUUGUCCAUACAGUCCAUCUAUUACAGAAACAGACUGAUCUAGGGUUCCUACCUGUAGCUGAUGUGCUAUAUAGGCUAUUGCUUUUGGAAGGGGGGCCUGGAUCUCCCUCCUGUUUGCUGGGGGGCAAACACAUAGUAUCAUGGGGUUAUGAAGACAUGUUGCCUGCACCAGAUAGCAACACUGGCUCCAGUUCUGAAAAUAAAGAUGCUGACUUGGGACGCUGUCUCACGGCAGACGGUCUUUACCUGUAUACUACUAACUCAGUUGGAAGAGGAGUAAGCAAAUUGGGGUCUGGAUUACAUGGUACUCUCAGAGGUUUUGUGUACUGCCGAAAUGAGGAGUUGGAACCAGGAUGGGUGGCUUUUGGCAGUGGCAGUCUUCUCCACCGGCCUGUCUCUUUCGAUAAUAAACCUCAUUCCCUUUUCCAGGUCAUUGACCAGAACACCCUUCAGGUGUGCCAGGUGGUGCCAAUGCCAGCCAAUCACCUCCCCAUUGGCAGCACCAUGAGCACAGUGCACCUGUCUUCAGAUGGCACUUACUUCUAUUGGAUCUGGUCUCCUGCCAGCCUGAAUGAGAAAACACCGAAAGGACAUUCUGUCUUCAUGGACAUUUUUGAACUUGUGGUUGAAAAUGGUGUAUUUGUAGCCAACCCGCUUCAGGAACGCACAAUACUAAUGAGAAAAGAGGGCGAGUCUGCAAAAAGCAUUAAUGAGAUGCUUCUAAGUAGACUUUCUCGGUACAGAGCCUCCCCGUCAGCAACGCUGGCUGCCCUGACUGGUUCCACCAUAUCCAACACACUGAAAGAGGAUCAAGCAGCAAAUACUAGCUGUGGGCUGCCUCUGAAAAUGCUGCGGAAGACACCCAUAUAUACCUGUGGCACCUACUUGGUGAUGCUAGUGCCUCCUCCAGGGGGAUCAGGCAGCUCUGCCACCCGCUCUCUUUUUGGUGGAACAAGUGGUUUGUCAUCUUUAAAAAUCCUAGCCUCCAGCUUGGUGUAUAAUAUUUCGGAUGGUCAGUUUACAAGUCGUGCAGAUCUCAUAGAUGCUGCUGGAAGCUCAUUGGGGCGUGGUGCUCUCGUACCAGGAUUGGGUGCGUGUUAUGACACAGUGAACAACAUGCUAUGGACAUGCUCUAAUGACUAUAUCGAUCAGUGGUGUAACCCUGGGAAUCAAGCCUUCCAUUAUGUCUGCCAGAGACUUGGAGUCAGUCACAUUAUCACUGAGCCCAAAGAAGAGGCUAUAACCACGAAUGAGGUUAUAAACCAGUUAUUGCACCAUGUUGGUGCGAUGUGCAUACACCAACUCAAUCUUCUUGCUACCAACCCCAAUCUUCCAAUCACAAGUGUCUUGGGCAAGCAGCAUCCAAUUGAAGCACACCAUCUUAGCAGUAUUUGUGACAUUAUGGAGAAGGCCAUGGUUAAUGGAGAUACCUGUAUUAUACGCUGCAUUCUCGUUGUCUUUCAGGUGGUAUUUAAAUUUUUCUUCAGCCCACAAACUGAAAGGAAUCGAGACAUCAUUCGACGGUCGGGAUUGCUUCUUUGGCAGUUGUUGAUGGCACCAAAAGAUCAAAUUUGCCCUGAAAUUCAGAAGGAAGUCUGCCUUGCCAUCAGCUCUGGUUUAAAUAUCUUGUACCCAGGUGAAACUGAAAUCAAUAACUUACUUAAGCUGGUCUUAACAGAAGGUGAGAGAAACAGUGGACUCUCCCAGCUACGGGAUGUGAUCCUAACCAAUCUGGCUGAACAGCUCCAAAACAACCGAUUUGGCAGCGAUGAGGAUGAUCAUUACAGACUAAAUGAUGAACUUUUACACUACAUUCUGAAGAUUGUUGUACGAGAAUCCUGUAUCUUAAUCACCAAGUGCCAAACUGUCUCUAAAGAUGAUUUUCAAAAGCUCCUUUCAACUGUGCCUGCUGCAUCCUCCUGCCUGCGCUAUCUGAUGGCAGUUCAGAAUCAUCUUCUCAGUAACACUAUUUUGAUUAAACCUGAUGAGAAUGAUGACAGUGACAGCUCCUUGCAGGGAGAGACAUUGAAGGUACAGGAGCUAAAAGUCAGUAUUUUGGCUCUUGCCACCCAAAUCCUGACUGGAUGUGAUGAAGUGUUGGAAAUGCUACAGCAGGUCACAACUGCCCUCAUAAAUAGUGACAUAGCAGACCGUGAGCAGAGGUUAAAAGGCUUGGAACAAGUUACUAAGGCUACUAUGCUUGGUCACCUUCUUCCAGUGUUACUGACCUCCCUGAUGCAUCCAAAUUUACAGACUCUGAUCAUGGCCGAUGCCCUGAUGCCUCAGCUAGUGCAGCUGGUACUCUAUACCAGCCAGACGGCUUUGCUGCUUAAAACGCAGUGUCCAGUUUUUGCUGAGGUGGGCUGUUCCCCAUGUGGUGCACCAGACCAGAAGUGUAGGCUGUUCCCUGAUGAGAGAAUGUUAGAAGAGAAGGAGGAGCCAGGAUUUCUCACUGGUUUAAAGAUUCCUGCCCCAUGGGCUGCUGGGAAGACUGUGGAAACAGUCCACCCUGUCAGAGACAACUAUAAAUUUAAAGAAACGGUCCAUAUCCCAGGAGCUCGCUGCCUGUACCUUAGAUUUGAUAGCAGAUGCUCUUCACAAUAUGACUAUGACAAAUUGGUGAUAUAUGCGGGGCCUAACACAAACAGUAGGAAGGUUGCUGAAUAUGGAGGCAACACACUGGGAUAUGGCAGCCGUAGUGUCUUAGGAACUGGCUGGCCGAAAGACUUGGUGAAGGUGGAAGGAGAUACAGUCACCUUCUCCUUUGAAAUGAGAAGUGGCCGUGAACACAACACUCCUGAUAAAGCCAUGUGGGGCUUUGCUUGCACAGUUCGCGCUCAGGAGUCUUCGGAGGAUGUCUCAGGAGGCUUGCCCUUUCUGGUAGACCUGGCUUUAGGUCUGUCUGUGUUAGCUUGUUCCAUGUUAAGAAUCCUGUACAAUGGACCAGAAAUUACCAAAGAAGAAGAAGCCUGUCAGGAUCUAUUGCGGUCCAAACUUUUACAAAGGUGCCAGUGGCAGGUGGAGGCCAAUGGCGUGAUCUCCCCUGCCCUUACUCCGAGCCCCUCUCCACUGCCUCUGACCAUAGAGGAAGACAGAGAAUUCACCUACCCCUCUGAUGUCCUCGUGCCUCCUGUUGGAAACUACUUUGAUCUGCCUCGGAUCAGGCUGCCUCCAGGAAUCAUGAUAAAGCUCAGGGAAAUUUCUGGGCGUGCUAGACCUCAAUUUAGACCAAGUAUAAAAGAAGUGAUUCAGCCAGACGUGAUGGAGGAAAUGGUGGUAUCUUGUGUUAUUAAGCACUUGAACUUAGUUGAUGCACUGCAGUCUCUAAUAAAUUUCCAAUAUCAAGAAGAACAUGCUGAAGAAUAUGAUUUAUUAUGUAAAAUUAUGGGAGAGACCUUUAAGAAGCUCAAUGCCAUGGAGAGACAGCUGCAGAGUGUUGCAGAACUAGAACAAAAAUGGCAAAGUGAAGUUGAUGAUGCCAUACAGGGGAAACUGGAGAACAACAUGCCUUUCUUUUAUGAUUACCAUUUUAAUGAGAACAAAAUGAAAGAACUAGAACUUUUGUGUUCAAUGAAGGAAGUCUCCUUUGAUGGAAAUGAUCUUGAAAACAUGGUCCUAUCACUCAGGGAGAAGUUCCUACAUGAAGUGAAUUCUCUUAUUCAGAAACCCUCACACCCACUGGCUAAAACAAAGACGUUAGUGAAGAGUUUAAUGAACCGAGCUGAGCUGUUGCUACAUGUCACCAUCGCAGCCCAGUCAGGCCUCACGAGAAGCAUCUCUGGGACUCCUGCUGAAACGCCAGCUUGUAAAUCAGCUUCUGAAACAAAAGUGAUAUCUCACGCUGUCAGGCAGCCUGUUUUUCUUCGCAGCAUGUCAGCUCCUUCUGACCUGGAAAUGAUUGGUAAUGAAGAUUUGGAAUUUACUAGAGCAAAUCAGAGGCGUCGCCACGUGACUAGCCACCGCAGCAGCUCCUUUACACUCCUGCAGUCACUAGCCAUCGAGGACAGCAGGGACAAGCCCACCUACAGCGUCCUUCUAGGGCAGCUAUUUGCCUUCAUCGGCACCAACCCUGACCAAGCUGUGUCCAGCAGCAGUUUUCUUUUGGCUGCACAGACAAGGUGGCGCCGGGGAAACACUCGCAAGCAGGCACUGGUGCACAUGCGGGAAUUGCUGACGGCUGCCGUGAGAGUCGGGGGAGUGACGCAUCUUGUGGGUCCGGUGACGAUGGUCCUUCAGGGAGGACCCAGAAUUGAAGAACUCACAUGUGGUGGGAUGGUCGAGCAGGUCCAGGAAGCCUUUGGCGAGACCAUGACCUCUGUUGUGUCUUUGUGUGCUCGUUACCCCAUCGCUUGUGCAAAUAGCAUUGGACUUUUAUGUACCAUACCUUACACGAGGAGUGAAGAGAAGUGCCUGGUACGCAGUGGCCUUGUGCAGCUCAUGGAUCGCCUGUGUAGCUUGAGCAGUCAGACCGAGUCCAGCUCCAGUGAGAAACAGACCAAGAAGCAGAAGGUGGCCACCAUGGCUUGGGCCGCCUUCCAGGUGCUUGCCAACCGCUGUGUUGAGUGGGAAAAAGAAGAAGGUGGCUCUACAGAGGCUGUGCACUCAGGUCUGGCCCGGCAGGUGUCCAGCCUUCUCACCAACCACCUUGCCCGAGCCACAGAGUGCUGUGGCAACCAGGCUGCUGGGAAUGACGCACUCCAGGAUGUCCUUAGUCUUCUCAAUGAUCUCUCAAGGAGCCACAUAGGUAAAGCCAUCCUGAGCCAGCCAGCUUGUGUGUCCAAACUUCUCUCCCUGCUGCUUGACCAACGCCCGUCUCCAAAGCUGGUCCUUAUUAUUCUCCAGCUGUGCCGGGCAGCGCUGCCCCUGAUGAGCGUAGAAGACUGUGGAAACGUGGAGCUCCCACCCUGGAGCUACUCUGUCCCAUCCUUAAACAGUGAGCAGGAGGAUCCCAGCGACCCAGCUUCCAAGAUCGCCUCCUUGCUCUUAGCAAAGCUGGCAGAUUACGUGGUUCCAGGAUGUCAGACAGUUCUUUCUCCAACCGCUUCCGAACCUGACACCACAUUGACAAAAACCAGUCCCAAGAAUUCCUUGAAAGGAGAUAAAGAUCCUGGAGAAGAGAGUGAAGCUGUGGAUGGCAAGCUCUCGAUAUUUAUCCACAAGCGGGAAGAUCAGUCAUCCCAUGAAGUCCUCCAACCAUUGCUAAGUAGUUCAGAAGGACGACCCUUCCGACUUGGUACUGGCGCCAACAUGGAGAAAGUUGUGAAGAUGGAUCGAGACAUGACCAAGGGUGGCUGUUGUGAAGUGAUUACAGAAGAGGCUACAGCUGCCCUGAGGAAAGCCACCAAGUGGGCACAGUCAGGCCUCAUCGUCAGCAUUGGGCCACCGGUAGAGUCCAUCAACCCAGAGACUGUGAUUGGACUAUCCACAGGCGACAAAAAGAAAACCGCCCAAACUUCAAUUUGCCGAGAGAGGAACUCCGAACUUGCGAGGACUGAUCCCGUGCGUCCCUUCAUCAGUGGGCACGUGGCAAACAGCAUGGCUGCAGAAGUGAUCGCCUUGCUACAUAGCUUGCUCAUGGCACCUGAAUCAAAUGCUGCUCAAAUAUGGACCACAACAGCAGAGAAGGUUCUGUCUCGGGCACUGAUGUACAUUCCACAAUUGGGGAAAUACGCAGAAAGCAUUCUGGAAAAUGGCAGCAGCAGUGGGAGGAAACUUGCCAAACUUCAGAGAAUUGCCCGCCAGGCUGUUGCCGCUCUGUGUGCACUUGGAGGCUUCAAAGAGACAAUCAAGAUAGGAUCUGAGGUUCAGGUUUUAGGUAGAGGAAUCUCAGGAAGCAUUGGAGUGGUGGCUUCUAUCAAUGAACAGGAAGGUAUAGCUACAGUCAGAUUCCCACCCAUAGACUGUAGAAAGACUUCGCAAGCAUCAGACACAUUGACUAUUCCAUUGUCUAGACUUUGUGUUCCAAGAUCAGAGGCAUUGCCUCUUCAUAAACUGUCCAUUACUGAGAAGGUAGUACAGGCAGUCCAGUCCAUGUUGCUUCCUCAGGAGGGAAGUCUCUCUAUUCACACCUCACUUCCUGCAACAGGAGAUGGGUCAGCUCCUGUGAUGGCAGUCGUUCGGCUCCUUGCUGAAAUAAGGACAAGAGCAUGCCUGGUCAUGGCCCAGCUUUUAGAAGACAGCUUAUUUUGUGAAGAAUUCAUACAACAAUGUCCAGCAGCUGUUGAAGUUCUUAACCUAGUAGCCCAGGAGUGCAGUGCUGGUGAGUACCCUUACCACCCUGUUUCAUUGAGUUUUCUCAGCACAUUUCCCAAAGAGAUUACUUGGAGCCCCUCCCGAGUGUUUCCGCCUGUUCGAGCCUGCAUGUUCUCGUCUCACCUUACCUCAGUCACCUUCCUGGCUGACCCUAGUGCUGGGGGAGGCCUGCCCCGGGGCACUUUUAUCUAUGCCACAUCACCACUGCCAGUUCAGGCCCCAUCUUUUUACUGGGAAAUUGAAAUUGUUUCCUAUGGAGAUACUGAUGAUGACACCGGGCCCAUAGUUUCCUUUGGCUUCACUACAGAAGCGGAGAAGCGAGAUGGGGCUUGGACUAAUCCAGUGGGGACUUGCCUUUUUCAUAACAACGGUCGAGCCGUGCACUACAAUGGCUCCAGUUUGUUACAGUGGAAGAGCGUUCGCUUAGACGUGACUCUCUCCCCUGGUGAUGUGGCAGGAAUUGGCUGGGAGAGAACCGAGGGGACGCCACCUCCUCCAGGACAGCCAGCCAAGGGCCGGGUGUACUUCACGUACUGUGGGCAGCGCCUCUCACCUCAUCUUGAAGACGUCUCUGGUGGCAUGUGGCCAGUGGUUCACAUUCAGAAAAAGAACACCAAAACCCGAGCUAACUUUGGCUCCCGGCCAUUUGCCUACGCAGAAGGGCAGGCUCACCGCAAUGCUGCCGACCUGUGCACUGACCUAGCAGAAGAGAUCAGUGCUAACUUUGAGGCCCUGCCUUUCGCCAUGGCAUCUGACAGUGACAAUGAUGCUGGCACCAGUAUUGCAUCAGACCCAGGCACUCAUGGGCCACCAUGUCGGAUUGCUGCCGUGGCCACCGCUCAGCAACAAUACGAUAGUGACACCUCCUGUCAUUAUAAAGUUGAGCUAAGCUAUGAGAAUUUCAUCACCUCUGGCCCAGACCCUCACCCGCCUCCCAUUGCAGAUGAUGAAAGCGAUGAUGAUGACGAUGAUGAUAUCCCGCAGGAGGACCACUACGCCCUGCUGGUGAAAGCUUGGGAGACCAAGGUUUUUCCUACUAUCCGAAGACGCUUCCGCAAUGAAGCAGAGCGGAAAUCAGGCCUGGAUCAGAUAAAGGGGGCCUUACAACUAGGUAUGGUGGAUAUUGCCCGGCAGACAGUUGAAUUUCUCUACGAAGAGAAUGGUGGCAUCCCAAGAGACCUUUAUCUUCCCACCAUUGAAGACAUUAAAGACGAAGCAAACAAGUUCACAAUUGAUAAAGUUCGAAAAGGUCUCACAGUAGUAACCCGAUCUCCAGACAGCAAUAAUGUAGCCAGUAGUGCUGUUGGAACUGCUCUGCCGAAAUUUGCCAUCCGAGGGAUGCUAAAAACCUUUGGGCUUCAUGGAGUCGUCUUAGAUGUUGAUUCAGUGAAUGAAUUGGUGCAGGUAGAAACGUACCUCCGCAGUGAAGGUGUGCUGGUGCGAUACUGGUAUCCUAUUGAUAUGUUGGAAAGGCCCCCAGCAGGCUACCGAAGGACUGCCACCAAUGGGCUGGUCACACUGGACAAUACCAACCUUCAAAUUCACAGGGAGCUGCUGCGCUGCGAGGCUGCGCUGGCCAGGCUGUACUGCCGCAUGGCCCUACUCAAUAUCUUCGCCCCCAAGUUGCCUCACUUGUUCACCCGCCUCUUCCACAUUCCUGCCAUCCGGGACAUUACCCUGGAGCACCUGCAGCUGCUGUCCAGUCAGCUCCUUGCACCUCCCCUCCCAGAUGGCACCAUUAGCUCCAGCUCAAUCCUCCUGGCGCAGUCUCUGCAGCAUUGCAUCCAUUCCCAGAACUGCUCCGCCACGGACCUCUUUUACCAGGGCAACUCCCAGACAGUGAGAGAGUGGCUCAAUGUGGCCAUCACCCGGACCCUGCACCAGGGCGAGGAGAGCCUUUUAGAGUUGACAAAACAGAUCUGCUCUUUCCUGCAGACAGCACCAGAGCAGUUCCCCUCUGAAGAGUUCCCAAUUUCCGAAUCCAAAGUCAACAUGGACGUGAAUUUUCCUGGGGCAGCUUUUGUUGUUGUGUCUUGUAAAGAAAGUCAAUCUGGAUUCCGCAAAGACUCCUCUUUAUACAAGGCACCAUGGGCACGGGUGCUCGUAUAUGGCCUUGGCCACAAAGUGAAGCGAAAUGGCCAGCUGAACCUUAUUGAGGCCGCCUGUUACCCACGGGACGCAUCCCCGGCCAACACUGGGCUCGCACCUCCCCCCACCGCCGACCAGUACCCCUCUGUGGUUCUUUCCACAGACAGAGUCCACAUCAAAUUGGGGGUGUCUCCACCUCCUGGAGCGGUCCUGGUGUUACAUUCCCUGCCCCUGGAGUUCCCACUGGCUAUGGCCUUUGCAGAGCAGCUGCUUUCCUGGAAAUCAGAGGACAGUGAAGGGAAAUCCGAAGAUGAGCCUGACACCAUUCCAACAUCUGUCCUCCUGCAGGUGGUGGAACUACUAGGAAACUUCCUGUGGACCACAGACAUGGCGGCCUGCGUAAAGGAGCUUGUUUUCCAUCUCCUGGCGGAGCUCCUGCGCACGGUGCAUGCCCUGGAACAGAGACGGCACCCUGCUGGCCUGUCCUCUUCCAUUGCUCUCCAGCUGAACCCCUGCCUGGCUAUGCUGAUGGCCUUGCAGUCAGAGCUCCACAAGCUAUACGAUGAGGAGACGCAGAACUGGGUCUCAGGCAGCACUUGUAGGGGCUCUGGAGGGGUGGUGGCUGGCGACCAGGGCAGAUUCUCUACAUAUUUUCAUGCACUUAUGGAAGGGUGCCUGGCGGUGGCCGAAGUGACCCUGCCUACUAACAUGAGUGUCACAGCCAGCGGGGUGACCUCAGCAACCGCCCCAAAUCUCAGCGACUCAUCCUCCUCCUCCUCGUCCUCCCCAGGACAGACCCCACAAAGUCCCAGCCUCCUCUCCAAGAGGAAGAAAGUCAAGAUGAAGCGGGAAAAGGCCUCCUCGUCAGGCAAGCGCCAGUCCUCCCGCACGGUGGACUCAGACCCCACUGUGCUCAGCAUCGGAGGCAGCAAGCCCGAGGACAUGCUGUGGUUCCACCGUGCACUCACCCUGCUCAUCAUCCUCCGCCACCUCACCAGGAAGGACCCACAGGGGCUGGGCGUGACAAGUGAUGCCAUCGCUGAUGCCUGCCAGGCCCUGGUGGGCCCCACUGCCCACAGCCGCUUGCUGGUGAUCUCCGGGAUCCCCACCCACCUGGAUGAGGGUGUGGUCAGAGGUGCCAUCCGCAAGGCCUGCAACGCCCAUGGCGGGGUCUUCAAAGAUGAGAUCUACAUCCCAUUGCAGGAAGAAGACCCCAAGAAGCCGAAAGACAAGGCCGAGGGCGGGGACGGGAAAGCCGAGCCUGAGAAGACACUGGCCUUCCCCAGCACAGACAGCAUGGAGGUCAGCACAUCCAGCAGCCUGACCCCCGCCAUGAGCAUCAGCGCCUCUGCCUCCACCAGCCAGGCCUCCAUCUGCAGCUCCCAGGGCAUCUCACAGACCAUCAGUGACCUCUCUGUGGAUCCGCUGCCCGCUGGCCUCGAGCUGCCCAUCCCUCCAGGCCUGUUGGAGCCCCACGUGGUGUCCAGCCAGGAGAGCCUAGACAUUUCCCUGUGCAGCACUGGCAGCCUGGGCAGCCUGGGCAGCCUGGGCGAGCCCCUGGACAAUGCAGAGACGGCCUCAGUGUCAGACAUGGGCUCCAUGUACACAGUCACUUCCCUGGACAACCAGCCCCUUGUGGCGCGCCCCAUCAAAGGCUUUGCAGUCGUGGAGAUAAGAUCCCGAGCCAAAGUUGAGAAAAUUCGAGCAAGUUUAUUUAACAAUAAUGAUUUGAUUGGUUUGUCAAGUUUGGAUGGUGAAGAUGAAUUGAUGGAAAUGUCAACGGAAGAGAUUCUAACCGUGUCUGUAGUAAAUCAGAGUCUCUUUGAUACUCAAGGGAGUCCAGGGUUAGAAGAUUAUUUCAAUGAUAAGUCAAUUAAAGGGGAGAAGCUGGUGCCGGGGGCCAGAGAGGUUCUGACGGAAAUAUUUAAGAGCUGUGCCCAUUCAGAGCAGACGCUGAGCCUGACACCAGCGAAGCCCAUCAGAGUCUCUGACAUUUAUCUUAGCAAAGAGCAGAUCAACUCCCAGACCCCAGGCAACCUCCUCCACCUCUUCUUCACCAAUGUCCGGCCUCCAAAAAAGGUGCUGGAGGAUCAGCUCACCCAGAUCCUGAGGAAGUAUGGCGUACCAAAGCCCAAGUUUGACAAGAGCAAGUACAGCAAGGCCGGAAAGGAGCAACACCCCGUGAAGGUGGUGAGCACCAAGCGACCCAUCACCAAACCGCCCGCCAAGGACAAGGCCGUGCUCAACAGUGUCAGCAGGACUGCCUUAAGUGAGAAGAAGCCAACUGUGAAGCCAAAGUCACCAGAAAAGAGCAAACCAGAUGAAAAGGACCCAGAAAAGUCACCUACCAAAAAACAAGAAGUCCCUGAGGAAAAAUACCUGACACUGGAAGGAUUUCACAAAUUUGUUAUUGACCGAGCCAAGCAAGACAUCCGCAGCGUCUGGAGGGCGAUCUUGUCCUGCGGUUAUGAUCUUCAUUUUGAGAGGUGCGCCUGCAUCGACGUCCGACAUGCACAGAAGGCCUCUAGAAAGUGGACCCUGGAGAUGGAUGUGGCGCUUGUGCAGUACAUCAACCAGCUAUGCCGCCACCUUGCCAUCACACCCGCACGGCUCCAUCCCCAUGAGGUGUACCUGGACCCCGCGGAUGCUGCUGAUCCCAGAGUGGCGUGUCUCCUGAAUGUGCCCAUUGAGAGCCUGCGCCUGCGCUUUGCCCUGCUGCAGUCCCUCAACACCACGCUGGAGACCUUCUUCCUGCCCCUGGUGGAGCUGCGCCAGACACCCAUGUACACCCACAGCAUCGCCGCCCUCCUGAAGGAGGCCAAAGGGCUGAUCUUCUACGACACAAAGGUGACAGUGAUGAAUCGAGUGCUGAACGCCACUGUGCAGCGGACAGCGGACCAUGCAGCGCCUGAGAUCACCUUGGACCCGCUGGAAAUUGUGGGAGGGGAAAUCAGAGCUUCUGAAAACUCCUACUUCUGCCAGGCUGCCCGGCAGCUGGCCUCGGUGCCAUCGUCUCAGCUCUGCGUCAAACUGGCCAGCGGCGGUGACCCCACAUAUGCCUUUAACAUCCGCUUCACUGGGGAGGAGGUCCACGGCACCAGCGGCUCUUUCCGGCACUUCCUGUGGCAGGUGUGUAAGGAGCUGCAGAGCUCCUCACUGUCGCUGCUGCUGCUAUGCCCCAGCUCAGCUGUCAAUAAGAACAAGGGCAAGUAUAUCCUGACCCCAAGCCCCAUCACCUAUGGGGAGGAGCAGCUGCUGCACUUCCUGGGGCAGCUGCUGGGGAUUGCGAUUCGGGCAGACGUCCCGCUGCCCCUGGACCUCCUGCCUUCCUUCUGGAAGACGCUGGUGGGUGAGCCUCUGGACCCUGAACAAGACCUGCAGGAAGCAGACAUCCUCACCUACAAUUACGUCAAGAAGUUUGAGAGUAUCAAUGACGAGACUGAGCUGGAGGCCCUGUGCGCCGAGAUUGCCUCCCAGCACCUGGCCACCGAGAGCCCUGACAGUCCCAACAAGCCCUGCUGCAGGUUCACCUACCUGACCAUGACGGGCGAGGAGGUGGAGCUGUGCAGCCGGGGCCGGCACAUCCUUGUGGCGUGGGAGAAUAAGGACAUCUACGCGUCAGCCAUCCGGAGCCUGCGGCUUCGGGAGCUGCAGAACGCAGAGUGCGUGACAGCUGUGCGGGCUGGCCUGGGCUCCAUCAUCCCCCUGCAGCUGCUAACCACGCUCAGCCCGCUGGAGAUGGAGCUGCGCACCUGCGGCCUCCCCUACAUCAACCUGGAGUUCCUCAAGGCCCACACCAUGUACCAGGUGGGGCUGAUGGAGACAGACCAACACAUCGAGUUCUUCUGGGGGGCCCUGGAGAUGUUCACUCAGGAGGAGCUGUGCAAGUUCAUCAAGUUCGCCUGCAACCAGGAGCGCAUCCCGUUCACCUGCCCCUGCAAAGAUGGGGGCCCCGACACCGCCCACGUGCCUCCAUACCCCAUGAAGAUCGCCCCCCCAGAUGGCACAGCAGGUUCCCCAGACUCUCGCUACAUCCGUGUGGAGACCUGCAUGUUCAUGAUCAAGCUUCCCCAGUACUCCUCUCUGGAAAUCAUGCUGGAGAAACUUCGUUGUGCCAUUCACUACCGCGAAGACCCCCUCAGUGGCUGACGGGAGGGAGCUCCAGAGUUAGGCUGUCACUGAGACACCCGCUCUGCUGGCUUGGGAAGCCCGCCACUGCAGCCCGUCCCUCCAGGGCCCUGCGUGAGGAGGUGGCAACAUUUUGCUUUUCCGAACUUUCGUCCACAUUCCAGGGCCUCCUGGAAGACUUAACCUUUUGUCUUUGUACGUUUUGUGAUGGGUUGGUUCUUUUGCUGCCUGUUUGUGGUCUAUUUGUAGGAUAGUUUAGUUCCCUGACAGUUUGUGUCUAAUUUGAUCUUCCUGGACAUUGUCCCGCGUGGCCACCAGAUUCUGAUGCCAUAAGGCCCCAGCUGGUUCCUCAUCACAGAACCACCCGGCAGGAAGCCAGGGGUGCAAUGGCCUCAGCCACACAGAGCAUCCGUGCUUUUAGCAGAACAUCUCCACAGAUAAGCCUGUGGCCAGCCCUGCCCCCCGGCCUCGAGCUGGAGUUACUCCCGAGGCAGCCCCGGCAGGCCUCCAUCCACCUAGAGGUGGCUGGGCCAGUUGCCCAAACACGUCAGACACACAGGGAGCUUUAUGUGUUCAUCUUACUGCUUUAGAACUUGCUCCCGAUCUUGGUUUUUCUGAGGAAAAGCCCACAGUGGUUCUCCCAUGCCCCUCCCACACACGCCCCCUAUCUGCCGUCUGUCUCUUCCGGGCCCUGCCUGGUCUGAUAGUUUUCAUCUGAGGCCUCCUCGGGAACAGGAGACGCAAGGGUUCAUCCCAACCUUAGUUCACAGAACCUGGCUGGGUGCAUUCCAGCUGCAGGGGGUGAGAAGACACCCAGAGGUGGGGGACAGUGCUCAGGUGGGGGCCUCCUCCAAGACUCUGGUUGAAGAGGAAAACACAUGAUUCAAGCCUACCCCACAAAAAAGGAGCACAAACCACUCAGAAAUGGCCCUUCCUUCCUGCAGUGACUCGGGAACAAGGGAAAGGGCCGCAUCUCCGUUUUCAAAAGUGUGGCCUGAGGUGCUCUGCUCAAUUCGGGGUCUGCUUUAGUGACCCAGACACUCAAGUCCAGAUGGAGACUCCAGUGGGGUCCUUCCGUCCCUCUGGCCAGCCCUGGCCAGCACCCCCAUCACCCCAUGUGUAUGUGUGUGCCAGGGCUGAGCUGCCCCCAGGCUCACCCACUGCCCCAGUGCAUCUGUGCCCCCAAUAGGUCUUUGUCCAAUGGUACUCUGUUCAUGAGCAGCACAGGCCAUCUUGUUGGACACUGUCACUUUGGACCUUGCCAGCUCUCACAGAAUCGCAUCGUUGUAUUUAUUGUAUAAUAUUGUGAAUAUUGGAAGUUCUGAAUGAGUGCUGUCUAGAAGGUUUUGGAGUGUGGAUGCUGGUCCAAGAAAGAUGUGCCCUGGCCUGCUGGAAAGAUUGUGAGUUCUAGAGAUAGAGCCGUUAGCAUCCAUUUCCUCCUUGUAACUAACUCUUAGGAAAUGCAUCAAGGACCAUUAUAGAAAGGAUCCCCUGACCUAAGGACGAGAUAGACCUAGGGUUAAUCGUGACAGCUGCAUCAGUUAUAUUUGAUGUAAGUCACCUCUGGAGGUGAGCACCCGCAAGCAGUCCCCCUGCUUUGAAAGAAGAUGGUCAGCCCGCUGCUCCCCCCAGCGGCCACAGCUCCCUUGAGUGUGGAGGUCACAUCCAGGAUGUAUUCCUGACAACAAGGAUCCUCUUACUUUCAUUUCUGCUUACAUGAAAGAGCCUUUGGAUUUAUUAGAAGUGGUUUUUUCCUCCCUGUACCUUUAAAUUCUUGGUUCCCUCCAGUCCUCAUCCCUUGAAUGGACUUGUCAGCUACCUCCCCAGGAGGGGUUCAGAAGCUUCUGUUGGCCAUCACUUGAGUAGAUGACAGCUGUGAGGUAUCUGCUGCUAACAUGGCUGCUUCUCCGAGAGCACAUUGAGGUCCAGACAGAUCCAAACCUUGGCCCUAAAAUAUGUGUGCUGUAAAGUUACUUGAUGUAUAUUUAUUAUAAUUAUUUAUGGUUGCAUUUAACAAACUUUUCAUUCAAUCUGAUGCUAUUUACACCAUGCUGUGUAAAAGAAGCUCACUAAAGGAAAAAGUCACACCAAUAAAUAACCUUCAUCUAAUUUUGAUUUACCUUAAGAGUUGUGUGAUCAUCUACUCUUGCUGAGCAAGUUUAAAGGCUGGCAUGCUUGGAUGGCUCUGAUAUUUAAGUGCUGCCAAGUGGCUAGGCAUUAAAGUGUUUCUAAUUAU